AUGUCCGAGCUCGCACUGUUCCGCCGGGGCAGGAGACAACUGCUGCUUGCGCGGGGUGGGCCGAGGCUCCUUCUUGUGUUGGCGCUGGUAUCAGUCGCCGGCAGCAGGUGCUGGCUCUCAGGAGGCGCGCUGCGGCGAGCAGCGCUGCUGUCGGUGGCCCAACUGGGCCUGCUGCCAGCAGAGGCCUUCGAGAACCGAGUGGCCGAGUACAAGGGCCCGAAGACCCCAGGCAGCCAACCCUCGGGAGUUGGAACCGGGACGCUCAGCGGCUGCGGAGGGGCUCCGAACUGCUUUUCCUCUGCACCGGGCACGGACGAGGAUCACUUCCUCAAGCCCUGGCUCUAUGCCUCCGGUGGCGUGGCAGGCGCCGUGUCGGACCUGCAGAAGGCCUUGAAGGAUUACCCUCCGGGGCAGCAAGAAAUCGAUGGAGGGGGCUUUGAGAUCAAGAAGAUGGACCUGGAGAAGGGUUACAUCUACGUGCAGUUCGAAUCCUUGAAGAGGGGCUACAUUGACGAUGUAGAGUUCCUUGUGAAACCCACAGACAAAGAGUCGGGAGAGGUUCUGGUCAGAUCUGCCAGCAGGCUGGGCUACCUGGACCUGGGGGUGAAUGCCAAGCGACUGAACCGACUCUCGCAAGCUCUGCGAGAUGUUCCCGACGGCCGCUGGACAGCUCCAAAGAUUUCCCAAGCACUCUUCCCAAGGUAUGUGAAUGAGAAUCGCUGA